CCUUCUUCCUAUCUUCCUUCCUUCCCGCCCGUCCCUUCCAAGCGGGAAGCGUUUUGUUUGGCUUCGCUCGCGGAAGGGAUGGGUGGGAGCAGCAGCACGGGAGGCGGGAGGGACUCAGCGAAGGCAGCGAAGGAAGGAAGGAAGGCAGGCAGGCAGGCAGGCAGGCAGGCAAGCAUGACGGCGUCCUCCUCCUCCUCCUCCUCCUCCUCCUGACUCUCUCCCUCCCGCCUCCAGAAGCGACGGGGACUUCUUGGGACGGGUCCCGCCACGGAGGCGCCCCGGGAGCCGCUUGGCGAGCCGGGCGGGGGCUCUCUCUGCCCUCCUGCCUCCAACGGGGAGGAGGGCGUCGGCGGAGCGCCUCCGCUCCUUGUCGGGGCCGAAGAGGAUGGAGAAGGGACUUGGUGGCUGCCUCCCGGGCUCCAGGGGAUGCUUUCGGGGCUCCUGAAGCGCCCCGGGAGGCGGUCAUGGGCGCGCCCCCGGACGGGAGAGGGGCCCCGGCUUCCUGACGCGCUCUGACCGCUUCCCGAGAGGAGCUUCUGGGCGGCGUGCAGUGGAAGAUGCGAGCCGGGGCUUGGCUGGCCGGCUUCUCCGCGCUCAGCCUCCUCGCUUGGGACGGCGCGGACGGGAGAGCGGGCGAGGCUGGAGGCGAAACCCCGCCGCCGCCUGCCCUCUCCUCCCCGCCGCACCUCGUCUUCAUCCUGGCCGACGACCAGGGCUUCCGGGACGUGGGCUACCAUGGCUCCGAGAUCCGGACGCCCACCUUGGACCGCUUGGCGGCGGAGGGAGUGAAGCUGGAGAACUACUACGUCCAGCCCAUGUGCACGCCCUCCAGGAGCCAGUUCAUCACCGGCAGAUACCAAAUUCACACAGGGCUUCAGCAUUCUGUCAUAAGGCCCACGCAGCCAAACUGUUUACCUUUGGAUAAUGCAACACUACCUCAGAAGCUGAAGGAAGCUGGUUACUCAACCCACAUGGUUGGCAAAUGGCACUUGGGCUUUUACCGCAAAGAAUGUAUGCCUACACAACGGGGAUUUGAUACCUUUUUUGGAUCUCUCUUGGGCAGUGGAGAUUAUUAUACCCAUUAUAAAUGUGACAGCCCUCGAAUGUGUGGCUAUGACUUAUAUGAGAAUGACAAUGCUGCUUGGGAUCAUGACAAUGGCAUAUACUCCACACAGAUGUACACACAAAAAGUGCAACAAAUCUUAGCCUCCCAUAACCCCAGAAAACCCAUAUUUUUAUACAUUGCAUACCAAGCUGUCCACUCACCACUUCAGGCUCCAGGCACAUAUUAUGAGCGUUACAGAUCAAUAAAUAAUAUAAACCGGCGUAGGUAUGCUGCUAUGCUGGCAUGCUUGGAUGAAGCUAUCAACAAUGUGACUCUUGCAUUAAAGAGAUAUGGUUAUUAUAAUAACAGUGUUAUCAUUUACUCUUCAGAUAAUGGAGGACAGCCAACAGCUGGAGGAAAUAACUGGCCUCUCCGAGGAAGCAAAGGAACUUACUGGGAAGGAGGGAUACGAGCAGUUGGCUUUGUUCAUAGUCCCCUACUCAAAAACAAAGGUUGUGUGUGCAAGGAGCUUAUUCAUAUAACAGAUUGGUUUCCUACUUUGAUCACCUUAGCAGAAGGACAGAUUGAUGAGGACACCCUAUUGGAUGGCUAUGAUGUGUGGGAGACUAUCAGUGAGAGCAGACGUUCUCCCAGAAUGGAUAUUUUACACAACAUUGAUCCUAUCUACACCAAGGCCAAAAAUGGUUCAUGGGCAGCUGGAUUUGGGAUAUGGAAUACAGCAAUUCAGUCAGCCAUCCGUGUGAACCACUGGAAACUACUGACAGGAAAUCCAGGGUACAGUGACUGGGUCCCUCCUCAGUCAUUUAGCAAUGUAGGUCCUAGCCGUUGGCACAACGAGCGAGUUUCAUGGACAGCUGGUAAAACAGUGUGGCUGUUCAACAUCACUGCUGACCCCUAUGAGCGAGUGGACCUUUCUAGUAAAUAUCCUGAUGUAGUAAAGCAGUUGCUGCGAAGACUUUCCCAAUUCAAUAAGACAGCUGUCCCUGUUCGAUAUCCACCUAAGGACCCAAGGAGUAACCCCAACUUUAAUGGAGGAGUCUGGGGACCAUGGUUCAAGGAAGAGGAGAAAAAGAAGAAGAAAUCAAAUAAAAACAAAGCAGAGAAUAAACAAAGGAAAAAUAAAUCUAAAAAGAAAUCAAACAAAAGAAAGGGACAUUCCUUAAGCUGCUUUAUGGGUGGAUGAUUUCAACUCAUGACUGCUGCUGCAAUACUAAACAUAUAUUCCUAGAAAGAUUCUCUCUGGCCCCCUCUCAAAAUAAAAAACUUUAGUGGUAGUCAAAUGUCCAGGUAAAUGUGCUUAGGCAUGGGUUGUCAUUGCUGAACUAAAAAUAUUCCCCCAAAUUCAUAAUUUUCAGAUUACCAAUACAGUAGAACUAUCAAUACAGCAUUUGUCAUGUUCAGAAAGGUGUCUAAGGUACAGUGCUACCUUUCUGGAUAACGCUGUGGCUGAACCAUCUUCUCUUUCAUGUGGAGGAGAUAUAGCAUCUUACCAGUGCUUAAAACACUGUACAAAAGACGGUGCAUUUUAGGGGGAGAAUUGAGAAAUUAUACUGAUAAAUGUUUCCAUUGAUCAAAGAGAACAGAGACAAAAAGGGAUAAAAUGUUACCAUAAUCUUGAGCUGCCUCUCAAGCUGUUUUAAUGAAGCAUAGUCAACUAUUAGGCUACUAGAAUAUCUUGAAUUAGUUGUGAAAAAGCUGCUUCUAAUUAAAUGUUGCCUCACUUUCAGCUGGAAAGGAUUUCCCCCCUUCCCAGAAUGUGCCAGGCUACAAUCUCUUCCAAUAAAAGCAAGCUAUACACACACACAUGAAACUGCUAGUACACAGCUAUAAUUAUAGAAAGAUGUAGCCUGAAAUCCUGUGCUGGUCUAUGUAUGCACAAUCCCUCUGAAACUCAUACUCUAUCCACAUGUAACUCUGCAAAGAGUUGCAGCCAUAUAAUGAGAUUCACCAAGCACUGCUACUAAGCGGUCUCUGUUUAUCCCAAAAUCCAGAAGAGAAACUGAAAAGCUGUAAGACCAGGUAGAUUGUGUAACAGCAUGAACAACUUUGCUGUAGGCAGAAUGAGCCAUAUUAUCAAAAUCCCUGAGCCUCUACAUUAGUAUGAUGCUUUCACAUACUGCAAAGAUCAUUCCAUUGUCAAUACUGAAAGAUUCAAUAGCCACACAGAGAGUAGCUUGAGAUUGUGUUUUCCAGACCCACAGAUCUCUGUUUUUUCCUAGUUGUGUCUGUCUGCCUAGUUAUUUAGGCUUUCCCCAUUCAUUUUAGGCAAAUCUCAUUUUCAUGAACAUGAAAAAGGAGAGACCCUGUGUGAGUGUUAGCCUUUGCAUCCAAACAUAGAGUUGGUAAAAUAUGAAAUAUUCAAUAGACAUUUUCUUCCUAUGGCAUCCAGAACACAUACAAUUGCCCAAAUGCCCCCCCCCCCAUCAGAUUAAUCUUGAAGUCAACUUCCACUUUUUUGUGUUGAACUGUGCUAUGUCUAGUUUAAAAGAGUAUCUUUAUGUUUAAAAAGUGAAUUCCAAGGAAAACAAUGUAUUAUUUUCCAGAAAAAAGGAGAUGAGUCAAGGGUUGCAAAAAAAAAAAAAUCCUAGGAGUUUUUGCAGCCUUGGAGACACACUUGGUCGACUCUUCUACUAAAAGGUAGAGGUUAAGAAUGAAACAUGCAUAAAAAAGAUGUUUACUUAACAAAGCAGAAAUGUUAACAGGCCAAGGACAAGAAUCAAUGAACCAGGCAUGCAGCCUAGUCUCAUUUUUGUCUCUGGUCAGGUCCUAGGAGCACAAAACAUUCUGCAGUUAAUCUAGUUGGUUUCUCUGUGUAAGAUGUAGGGGGGCACUUUGUCUUUAGUCUCAGGCCUCUUCUACAUUGCUAUAUAAUCCAAAUUAUCAAAGCAGAUAAUCCAUAUUAUCUGCUUUGAACUGGAUUAUCUAAGUCUACACUGCCAUACAAUCCAGUUCAAAGCAAAUAAUCUGGAUUUUAUAUGGCAAUGCAAAAGAGGUCUCAAUAAAACAAUUGCUUACCAUUUUGGUGGCUGCUGCUGCUGAAACAUAGCAUGGCAAGGAGGGGACUGGGCCCAUUCCCAAUACUUCUUAACCCACAUAUAGCAUGAACUUCUAUUGCAUUCCGUCGGGUACUCUUCAUUUUGAAGACAUCUGAGAAAUGGAAACCCAACUGAAGAGGACACUAAUUACAGAGAAAAGGGUGAGGAGUAGGAGGUCAUCACCUUGUAAAACAUAGGUUGUAAUUUAUUUUAAGUCACAGAAUGUCAAUAAUGUUUUAUUCUUGUGGCUUUUGUUUGGGUAGUUCAUUAGUCCAUUGUUAUGGCAAAAAGAAUGGUGUUUUAUGUAGCUAUCUCUGAAAGUACUGUAAAACCCAAGCAAGAACUGUAAAAGGAAGAAUUAUUCUCUCCUGCUAUGUGUUUGUCUCCAAAGUGAUUAUUUGGUUCUAUAGUCACUCAGGUUUUAUUACAGAAGAAAAUGCAUGUAUGUUUAAGAAAUGGGAAGAAGAGGCAAACAUAGAAAACUCUACGCUAAACAUUUUAUUUAUAUAUCUAAUAAAAUAGUUUUAUUUUUAUGGCAAUAA